AUGGAUAGAGCUAUUGAUCUGUCCGAUGCUUCCAAGGCAUUGGACCUUGCCAACAUUCGCUUCGAGCUCAUCCGCCUAGAAGACACAAUUACCUUCCACCUUAUCGAGCGAGUUCAAUUCCCCCUCAACAAAACCAUCUACGAGUCCGGCGGCGUGAAGAUUCCCGACAGCGAUCUCAGUCUAUCGGACUACCUACUCCGCGAACAAGAGCGCCUCCAAUCCCGCGUGCGCCGCUAUGAAUCCCCGGAUGAGUACCCUUUCUUCCCAGACGUGUUGGAGCAGCCUGUCCUCGCGCCCUUGAAAUACCCUCAUAUCUUGCAUACGAACGAUGUCAACGUCAACGAUGACAUUAAGAAGCGUUAUAUAAACGAGGUCUUGCCGGCUGUGUGUCCACGGUUCGGGCGCGAGGACCGUGGUGAAGCGCAAGAGAACUAUGGAUCUGCGGCGACUUGUGAUGUUGCGUGUCUGCAGGCGCUGUCGCGACGUAUUCAUUUUGGGAAAUUCGUUGCCGAGUCCAAGUUCCAGAAGGAUCCUGAAACUUUUGUGCGCUUGAUUAAGGCCGAGGACCGCCUGGGUAUUGAUGAGGCUAUCACCGAUGCUAAGGUUGAGCAGAAAGUUCUUGAGCGAUUGGGUCUCAAGGCUAAGACUUAUGGAACUGAUCCUGCUUUCCCUGAGGAGAAGGGACAGAAGAUCAAUAUCGAUGCUGUCGUUGCUAUGUAUAAGGAAUGUGUUAUCCCGCUCACCAAGGUUGUCGAGGUGGAGUAUCUUAUGCAGCGCCUCAAGGGCACUCAAUGGGAGUAA